AUGGCCGAGACCACAGAGACGUCAGUACCGGUCAAUAAAAACAAGCGUCAUCGUAAAGACAAGCCAUGGGAUACCGAUGACAUUGACCAUGCAAGUCCACUAAAAUUUAUCCUGCCGUGGAAAAUUGACGAGUUCAAGCCAGAAGACAAUGUGGCUGGUGCAUUCACCCAGGAAUCAUCGUUCGCUACUCUAUUCCCAAAGUACCGCGAAAAGUAUCUGAGGGAAGUUUGGAGCGCAGUGACGACAGCACUACAGCAUCACGCAAGUCAUAUCUUACCUGCUUUCACUAAGCAUAUCAUUCUGACCUCACUAUCCAAACAGGGGAUAGCAUGCACCCUCGAUCUUAUCCAUGGUUCCAUGUCCGUUCGAACGACCCGCAAGACAUGGGACCCGUACAUCAUUUUCAAAGCGCGCGACCUUAUCAAGCUCCUCGCUCGAGGCACAGCGAUCGGUCAGGCUGUCAAGAUCCUGGAUGACAAUGUUGCGUGCGAUAUUAUCAAAAUUGGAGGUCUGGUCAGGAAUAAAGAACGGUUUGUCAAACGCCGACAGCGGAUUAUUGGCCCUGAUGGGAGCACGCUCAAGGCCAUUGAACUUUUGACUGGAUGCUAUGUACUGGUACAAGGGAACACCGUGAGCGUGAUGGGACCUUACAAAGCUCUCAAAGAAGUCCGCCGAAUUGUAAUCGACUGUAUGAAAAAUAUACACCCCAUCUACCGUAUCAAGGAACUAAUGGUCAAGCGGGAACUUGCCAAGGAUCCAAAAUUGGCGACCGAGUCAGCGCCAAGAGAGAGGGAGAGACAGGAGGGUGCGACGAACGCGAACGCGACUCCCCUUGGAGAUGGGUCUGCACCGGCACCAGCGUCAGCACCAGCGACCGAGAAGAAAGAGAAACCCAAAAAGAAAGUAUAUACUCCCUUCCCGCCUGCGCAACUUCCUCGCAAGGUGGAUUUGGAACUCGAGUCUGGGGAGUAUUUCCUAAAGGCCAAGGACAAGGAGGCGAGAGAAGAGGCAAAACGCAAGGCCAAACAGGCAGAGGCGACUGCAGAACGGAAAAAGGAGCGAGAAGAAGUGUACGUCGCCCCCGCCGAGGAACGAGAGGCGACAGUGCAGAAAGGCCAAGCGGAGGAGAGCGGCCAACGACGAGGACGAAGCGGCAAGAAAGGAAAGGAAGAGAGUCCAAUUCUCGGUGUCUCCAUGAACGUCAAACAUGUUCACACCCGCAAACCGGCGCCUCGAGCGAAUGCGGCUUUCAUUCCUAACGAUUGGGGAUCAUCGUAUGCUACGACUUGCUUGGCGUUUUGGGAAACCAGGUACGGCUGCAUUUCUCAUCAGAAUAACUCGAGCUCGCUCGAGACCAAGACUCACAAAUUGAGCUUGAGUGCCGACAUUGACCAGUUGCUUGAACUGAACCUGUCCACUAUCGUCCCUCACCCUCUCCUUGGACUCGUACCGAUCCUGUUCCGGGGGUCCCAUCGUCUCGUCGAAUUCGAAGAUUUCCCAACUUGGCAGUCCGACUUCGCUGGAUUAGCUUACGGGCAUCCGACGUCUGGACAUACCCAUACGACGGCAAACCGAGUGUAA